AUGUCUACUACAUACAAGGAAUACGACUGGGAGAAGCCCGUCCAACUUCUUUACGACCACAUCAACGGCCUGCCCGCCGAGGAGCUGGCCAAGUUCAAGAAGGACCCCGAGGCUCUUCUCGAUGCAAUUGACAAGUUUGAGGAGGAGCAGCACAAAAAGGACGGCAAGUACGCUCUGAUGACCGUCGGCCCCGAAAAGCGAAAAGUCGUCGAGGAGGAAAUCGCCCAGAACAAGCCCUAUACCUUUGCCGAGCUCGGUGGUUUCUGCGGAUACUCGGCUAUUGCCUUUGCCCACAAGCUGAAGCAGACCCACCCCGGCUACCAGGUGCACUACUACUCUCUGGAGGUGAGCCCCUUCUUCGCUAAGGUGACCUCCCGAUUCACCACUCUCGCUGGCCUCGGUGACAUUGUCACUGUUCUCGUCGGACCUGCUGCGGAGGGCCUUGAGCGACUCAAGGAGGAGUACAACCACGCCAAGAUUGACUUCUUCUUCAUUGACCACUGGAAGGACCUCUACGUUCCUGACCUGCAGAAGGCUGAGGAGCUUGGCCUGGUCCAGUACGGAACUGUCAUCACAGCUGACAACAUCUACUGGCCUGGAGCACCUGAAUACGCCAAGUAUGUGCGUCUGACUCCUGCCGAGAAGAAGAAGGAAUACCCCGGCAAGGGCAACCCCAACAUUGAGUACGACACCCGAACCGUCGAGGUUCCUCUUGGAAAGGACAAGAAGGACGGAGUGGAGGUUACUCUCUGUACUGGCGUUCUUACCGAGUAG